AUGCUUUCUUUUGCACUUGCAAUACUCCUAGUUUUCACCGGAAUUAUCUUAUUUUGGCAACGGUGGUCAACUCAUGUCCACCGUAAAAAACUACCACCAGGCCCCAUGCCCUUACCAAUCAUCGGAAGCCUCCACUUAUUAGGAAAUCUCCCACAUCGUGCCCUCCACAAGCUCUCCCAAAAGUAUGGUUCGAUCAUGUCCAUCCGCCUUGGGUCCAUCCAGUCUGUGAUAGUCUCUUCACCAGAAGCCGCCAAACUCUUCCUUGUAACCCAUGACGCCAUUUUUGCUUCUCGUCCCAAUACAGAAGCUGCAAAAUACCUAUCUUAUGGUAGCAAGGGAAUGACACUUACGGAAUAUGGACCAUACUGGCGUAGUGUGCGAAAGUUUUGUACGUUGGAACUGCUGAAUGUUAUGAAAGUUAAAUCUUUUGCAGGGAUGAGAAGGGAGGAAGUUAGGUUGAUGGUGGAGGAGAUGAAGGUUGCAUCAAUGGAGCGUAAGGUGGUGGAUUUAGAUGAGGCUGUAGGUGCGUUGGUUGAUGGAAUGACGUGUAGGAUGAUUUUUGGUAAGAAAAAUAAGGAUAGGUCGAUUUUCAAGGACGUACUUGAUGAGACAAUGGAACUAGCAGGUGCCUUCAAUUUGGCAGACUAUGUGAGAAUAUUAGCUCCGUUUGAUCUUCAGGGCUUAACUAAACGCUUUAAGUCGUUAGAAAAAGACAUUGAUGAAAUGCUUGAGACAUUGAUAAAUGAGCAUGAAGAACACGGUCUUGUCGAUUCUCAAAGGCAUGAUGAAAUGGAUUUCAUUGACAUAUUGAUGUCACUAAAACAACAAUAUUCAAAUACCCAUGAUGAGCUAUCCUAUACAAUCGAUAGGUCUAGCAUGAAGGCCAUUUUACUAGAAAUGGUAGCUGGGGCCCGUGACACUGUAAAAACUUCAAUUGAAUGGAUAUUAGCUGCACUUAUCAAACACCCUAGAGUAAUGAAGGAGCUCCAAAAAGAAUUGAAGACUGUGAUUGGAGACAAAAACGAGGUUGAAGAAACAGAUUUGGCAAAGCUAACUUAUUUGCACAUGGUAGUUAAGGAGACUUUUCGGCUUUAUCCUGUCUCUCCAUUAUUGAUUCCGCAUGAAUCUAUGGAGGAUGUCAUAGUUGAUGGCUACUAUAUACCAAAGAAGACUCGUGUUAUUAUAAAUUAUUGGGCAUUUGGACGUGACCCAAAACUUUGGUCUGAAAAUUGGGAGGAGUUUCUUCCAGAGAGGUUUCUUGCCAAAGAUAUUGAUUUUCGUGGGGCUGAUUGUCAGCUUAUACAAUUUGGCAUGGGAAGGAGAGGAUGUCCUGGAAUGAAUAUGGGGUUACUGAACAUUGGUUUAGUGAUUGCUAACAUUGUACAUUGCUUUGAAUGGGAACUACCAAAUGGAAUGUCACCAAGUGAUCUGGAUAUGAAUGAAAAGUUUGGUUUAACUAUUCCUCGUACUAAGCCUUUAUUAGCCAUUCCAAUAUGCCGCACUUGAGGAAGCUAGAAAGGCUUAGAGUUUGUCCAGGACAAUUUGGCAAUCAAAGAAUGAAACAAACUUUGGGGUUGCUUAAGUUUGAAUUGUUCAUUUAUGUGUUUACUAGGGG